AUGUCCCUGCGCCAAAGCGGGGGGCAGCACAUCCUUCCAGAAGCAGGCCGCGUUCCCAAGCAUUGGCGGGCCCAGCCACGAGCUGCCACGAAGGCUCUGGCUUCCCUGGCGCGCCAAGGAAAGGACGAGGAGUGUCGCGAGCUCUUACGACGAAUGCGGCGGGACGAGGUUGAAACCAACAUCUUCCACUUCAGCAGUGCUAUCAAUGCUUGCGAAAAGGCAGCAAACUGGCGGCUGGCACUGGACACGCUGCACUCCAUGGUUCAGCAUGAGGUGCUUCCCAACUUGAUCAGCUACUGCUCCAGUGUGAGUGCCUGUGAGAAAGCCUCCCAGUGGCCGGCGGCCCUUGACCUUCUUGCAGAGAUGCAGCAGAGGCAGGUCUACCCGAAUGUGAUUGCUUUCAGCUCAGCCAUCAGUGCUUAUGAGAAGGGCGGUGAGUGGCAGCGAGCUCUACAGCUCUUUGGAACAAUGGCCACGAAGAAGGUUACCCAGGAUGUGGUGAGCUAUGGCUCCAUGAUUAGCGCAUUGGCGCAAGGAGGGCAGUGGCGCUUGGCGUUCCACUUGCUCAGUGAUAUGGUGAACGAUCAGAUUACUCCAAAUGUUGUGAGCUACAACAGUGCCAUCAGCGCUUGCGAGAAGGGCCUUGAGUGGAAGUUCGCGUUGCGCUUGCUGCAGUCGAUGUCCGAGGCAUUUGCAUCCCCAGAUGUGGUGAGCUACAGCGCUGCGAUUUCAGCCUGUGCGAAGACAGGCGAAUGGCAGCAUGCCCUUUCUUUGCUGAUGUACAUGGGGCAAAAGAAGGUGGCCCCGAAUACUGUCAGCUUCAAUGCUGCGGUCAGCGCAGCGGAGAAGGUGCAGGACUGGCUGCUGGCACUAGAGCUGAUGAGAGUGAUGCGACGAACAGAGGUUCCUCCGUCUGUGGUUACUUACAGUUCAGCCAUCAGUGCCUGUGAGAAAUCACUGGAGUGGGAAGCAGCACUGGAGUUGAUGAGCCAGAUGCCUGCAGCAAAAGUGGCAGCUAACCAGAUAACCUACAACAGCGCCAUCAGCGCUUGUGAGAUGGGUUGCCAAUGGCGCCUGGCCACUUUUCUCCUAAACCGCAUGCGCGACGUAGCUAUACCUCAGGACGAGCUCAGCUUCAGCGCUGCCAUCAGUGCUUGCUCACGCAGCGGCCGCUGGAGGGAUGCUCUCACGCUGCUUUCAGCACUGCAGCAGCGGGCCGUGCGCUGCGACGCAGUGGCACGGGAUGCAGCCUUGAGGGCCUGUGUCAAGGUGUACCGAUGGCAAGCUGCACUUCUCCUUUUGCAUCUUGUUCCAGACACAGUGAUCGGCUGCAGCCUGGUCAUAGAUGGAUGUGAGGCAGGUGGCUGUGCAGCGCUGAUGCCAAGCUUUAUGGAUAGCCUGGAAAGGCUGUUUAUGUGCCGAGCUAGGCUACUGCACAUGCCGAGCUCGGAUAGCUAG